AUCGAUAAGUCCCCAAAGCGCGGGAAAUUCGAACGGAAAAUGUUCAAUUUCAACAUCGGCGUCCUGGGGCACGUGGAUUCGGGAAAGACGUCGCUCUCGAAGGCCCUCAGCGAAAUUGCGAGCACCGCCGCAUUUGAUAAAAAUCCGCAAUCCCAGGAAAGGGGAAUUACUUUGGAUUUGGGCUUCAGUUCGUUCACAAUCGAAGCUCCUGGACACAUCCAAAGUGUUCGGCCUGAUGUGGAGAGAAUCCAAUGCACGUUGGUCGACUGCCCUGGUCAUGCCAGUUUAAUUCGCACAAUUAUCGGUGGUGCCCAAAUAAUUGAUCUGAUUUUGCUGGUGGUGGAUGUUACUAAAGGUAUUCAAACUCAGACCGCCGAGUGUUUGGUAAUUGGGGAGAUCACUUGCAAGCACCUGAUUGUCGUGUUAAGUAAAAUCGAUUUGUUGGAAGAAAGCAAAAGGGCGGCAAAUAUUGAAAAGAUGACAAAGAAGCUGAAGGUAGUACUGAAAACGACAACUUUUGCGAAUUCUCCAAUUGUAGCAACUUCCUGUUCAAAGCACUCCGAUUCUUUCGGAAUUGCAGACCUGUUAAAUAAAAUAUCAGAAACCAUUUUUAACCCAGUGCGCAGCGUAAAUGACCCAUUUCUCUUUGCGAUCGACCAUUGCUUCGCAAUUAAAGGAAAGGGUACGGUUUUGACGGGAACGGUACUACAAGGAUCAAUCAAAGUCGAUGAUGUGAUUGAACUACCAGGGUUAAGCGCAAGCAAAAAGGUGAAAUCCAUGCAAAUGUUCAAACAGUCCGUUACUGCGGCGACUGCCGGAGAUCGCUUGGGUAUUUGCGUUACCCAGUUCGAUCCCAAAUUGAUAGAACGUGGAAUUGCGUGUGCGCCUGGCGUAGCAAAUUUUGCAUAUUGCGCCGUUAUUUCGGUUAACAAAAUUAGAUAUUUUAAAGGAGAAGUUAGCAGUAAAGCCAAAUUUCACAUCACGAUUGGAUACGAAACGGUUUUGGCCACUAUCACUUCAUUUAGUUCCAGGGGAAACUUCAGCUUCGAAGAUCAAUUUCAGUACAACGAAGUGUUGGGUGGGGAAGAGGACGGUGUGCAACAACAGUAUUUGCUGUUGCAAUUCGAAAGACCCGUGCUGGUUGUUGAUGGCUGCAAAGUUAUCGGUUCAAAAUUGGACAUGGAUGCUCACGGAUCUAACUGUCGAAUCGCGUUUUGGGGCGUACUUCUGUCUUAUUCUCAUCACAAGGAUUAUAAAGAAAAUUACUUGAGCAACUUGAAAAUUUACAAACAGAAAACGAAAACGGGAACCGUUGAACGACUUGUAAACAUUAACACUGUCAUUGUAAAAAAUUUAUUUAAAAAGGAGACCGAUUUGUCAUAUUUUGUUAAUUUAAGGGUGACGCUGUCUACAGGUGAAGUAGGGGUAAUAGAGAGUUCAUUUGGACAAAGUGGUAAGGUAAAAGUUCAUAUUCCCGAUGGGUUAAAAGACGACAGCCAAACUCUGUUGAAGCGCAAUUCUAGUAGUACAUCUGAAAAGACGGUAAUUACGGUUACAUUGAUGUUCAGAAAAUUUAUUUUUAAUGCUAAAUGUAAGAAUUUACAAUAAAAUGAUUUUUUAA